AUGUCUACAGAAAAUUGUGCAGAAAAAGGUGAAAUUUGGAGUCUAAGCGCAAAUUCAUUAAUCUCACCAACGGGUGUUCCGGUAGCUGGUCAGAAUCAGAGGGCGUCUGGGGACAUAGGUGAUGAACAGCGUUCCACUGAGAAAAACGCAAUCACAUCGAUACUCGACUCGCUUGAAGCCUCCUCCGCCAGCGCGAUCACCGAUAUGAUAAAUGAAACCACGCACCAUCACUUGGAUGGGGCAUCCCCAGAACGGUCCGGUGAAGUUUUAGGGGUAAACGAAUUAUGCAAUUCCUCUUUAAAAACUUGUAAGGAUCCCCCGACCUCAUCAGAGUCAAAUAAUGCGGCCUCAUCCAGCCUCAUAGGCGGCAAUUUCUUGCUCAAAAUCCAUUCCGCUGACCACCAGAAGGAUUCUCAAGAAAAGUCGGUGGCAGAAUCCACCUACUCUACUUCAAUCUCUCCUUGCUCUGAUUCAACUGAAAAAGCUAUUCUUAAUUCUCCAGAACCUCUGGGGGCAGAAAAGCUCUCCAAAACUUGCCCCCUUUCUCAGCAUUCUGAUAUCUCUAAAUCCCAGACCUGUGGUCGAAUAUACAUCCCCGAUUCGAAGCUUCAAAACUUCAAGUCAACCACUUCUACUAGCCUUUCACAUAAACAAGGGCACAUUACUCCUCCAAGCAAAUUUCAGCAGCAACAACCCCAGCACGAAAGCCGAAUUAAGCUAAAUAGAGAUCGUAGCUAUAUUCAACAGCCUCCUGAGUUGCCAUACCUCCCACCAGACCCGAACUAUAAGACAGUCGCUCCAGCACAGCAAGCAGUAACAUCCGGCGCUGCUCCUCAGUCUACCCGAAACCUCAAUGGAAGUAUCCACGGCAAUAAUUUCUUUUUCACAUCGUCUACUCCUUCAACCAUGGCACCUUCAAACGGGAAUAUCCCAGUCGGAUCAGUGGAUAAUUGUAGUAUGAACUUACAGCUGUGUGAACCAAUGAACAAGACCAACCUAAUUGUCAACUACCUUCCACCUUAUAUGUCCCAGGAUGAAGUGAAGGCCCUAUUCUCAAGCAUUGGAGAAGUUGAGUCAUGCAAGUUGGUACGCGAAAAGACUUCAGGGGAGAGUUUAGGCUACGCCUUUGUCAAAUUCGUACGCGCUGCCGACGCAGACAAGGCUAUUCGCACGCUGAACGGGUUACGACUCCAGAAUAAGACCAUUAAGGUCUCAAUUGCUCGCCCUAGUUCAGAAUCAAUAAAGGGCGCAAAUCUUUACAUCUGCGGUCUGCCGAGAAAGAUGACUCAAAGCGAGCUGGAAGACCUCUUCUCACAUUGCGGCAAGAUCAUUACUGCACGUAUCCUCUAUGACAAUAAAACAGGCCUCUCUCGUGGUGUCGCAUUCAUCCGAUUCGAUCAGCGUCACGAAGCUGAGCAGGCCAUCCGACGGCUAAAUGGCUAUCAGCCGCCCACCGACCACCCCAACGCCCCACCCAAUGAGCCAAUUACCGUUAAGUUCGCCAAUUCACCUAAUUCCAUUCGUCAUGACAGUCUCAGCUUGGCUUUGCUGAAACAGGCAGCUCAAUUGCAAUCGGUGGCGGCUUCAGUUGUUACUCCACCUACACGAUCAGCUGCGUCAGCUGCUGCGAACGCUGUUGCAGCUGCUGGGCUACUUAGUCCUCUUCAACAAUUCGCCUCCAUUUCCAACCGCCUCAAGUACUCUUCCGCUCUGACCGGUGGGGCUAGCAGUCAGGGUCCAAAUCCAGCCGAUUUGUUACCCGCUGUGGCAAGUGCUGCAGCUGUUGUGAAUCCACUACUGGCUCCUGCGGUUGCCGCAAGUUCAGGAGCCCUCACAGCCACAGGAUGGUGUAUUUUUGUGUAUAAUCUCGCACCCGAAACAGAGGAAUCUAACCUAUGGCAGCUUUUUGGUCCAUUUGGAGCAGUACAAACGGUAAAGAUUAUCCGAGAUCCAAGCACGAACAAAUGCAAAGGUUUCGGAUUCGUAACAAUGAGCAACUACGAGGAAGCUCUGUUGGCCAUCCAUUCCUUAAAUGGCUUUGCACUGGGCAAUCGAGUCCUGCAGGUCUCCUUUAAGACAACACCAAAUCCACGCCUUCGACCACCAACCCACACACCACCGCCAAACACACUCAGUCCCACCAUGCAGCUCAACCAGUCGGGUGGGAAGAUGAACGACUCAAUUCAGUCGACUGAAGUCGACACACCAUUGAAGGCCCAGCAAAUGCUAAACGAAUCCUCUAACUCUGCUACAAUCGGAAAUGCAAUUUCUGUACCAAAUGGGGUAAAAUUCUCUCCACAAAUGGGACGCCGUUCAACUAGCAUUUCUUCAGCUGCAGAUUGCUCCAGCCCAGCGGAAUGUCGUUCAAUAUUCAGUCAGAUUAAUCCUGCUGCGAAAUCGGAGGUGAAAACUGACUUGACUGCAGGAAACGAAAUUAAGAACUUUUGUAAUACAUUUUCAACUGAAGUCAGUGAUUUUAACCCACCCAAUUCGACCAAUAUGCCUAUGGAAAAUGGUUCUUUGAGAUUACUAGCGGACACAGAGGCGAUACCGAAUGCGUCGAAUACAAACAGCUGCGCAUCGGAUUUCCACGACUAA